GUUCGGAUAUUUUGCUACUUCGGUUCGGAUUUCGGUUCGGGUUUUUCGGAUCGGGUUCGGGUGCCACUUCGGAUAUCGGGUAAAGUGCCCACCCCUAUUGGAAUGUAUCAUUAUCCCUUUAAUAUAAGUUUAUUCAUAACACAUCUAAAGGAUUGUCGGGAAGAUAUACCCAAUAUAGCGGAAACUUGAAAUCGAUCAAAGAUCGAAACCGAAACUCGCCUAAGCGAACUUUUAUUAAUUCAAGCGGGUCUCAUAUUCUUCAGAGUAGGAAUAGUCGGGUGUACGCGUUAGUAAAAGAAACAAGGACCAUAGACUAUAUUUUUUCUCAUAUAGAUCAGACCCAGCCAGACAAAAGUUCUCUUGAGUCUGACCACCACUUGAUCUAUUCUAGAUGGACUGUUGAUAGAAAGAACAAAAAACAUGAAUGCACUGCACUGCCCGAUUAUAGCUUGAAACACACAACAACAAAAAAUCGGUCUAGAGAUUGAAUUAUAUCACAAACAAAAAGGUAGAAUCUCUAAAUCCUUCUGAAAGAUGGGAAAGUGUUAACAAGGAUUAGAGAGAAAACUCUCUCUAAAGGUAGAGAGAGGUUAAUUUGUGGGCCUAUUUUUCUAACCAAUAUCCCAAUACUUUUGGUCCACCUACCACUGCCAGGAGGCUGCCACUGCUUCGCUGUAUAGUAAUUACUUCGUGUCGUACUCUGAGUCCACAUUUGAAACUUUCAACAUUAUUGUGUGAACAAAGAAAAAAACUUUUGACUUUUAACUUUGAAUUUUGACUUUCAAAAUCUGACUUUUGACACUCGCUUUGAUGACCGUAUGUGCAUGAUUCACGUCGAUAUCAACAAUAGAAAUUUCGGAGAUUCCAUAAGCUGUUUCAGCACAAACAUGUAUGAACAAUGGGAAUUUUAGAUCCAACGGCACGUACGAUGCAAAUCGCCGACUCAUCCUCUCCUCUCUUCCUUCCAAUGUCACAGAUCAAGACGGCUUCUUCUACAACGGUUUGAUCGGACAGGAACCAAACCGUGUCUACGCAAGAGGGAUGUGCAUCCCAGGAUCAACUUUGGAGGACUGUUCUGAUUGUAUCAAGACCGCAUCUGAUGGUUUGAUGGAGAGUUGUCCUAACCAAACAGAAGCAUAUUGGUGGCGAGGUGAGCCCACGCUUUGCCUUGUCCAUUACUCCAACAAAUCUAUCUCCAGUUCUGCAAAUCUGGAUCCGCGUGUAACUCUCACAAACACUGGAGAUCUAACCUCAAAUCUAACAGAGUUCACGAAGAUAUGGGAAGACUUAUUAGUUCGUAUGAUUGAUGUAGCGUCUACACCAAAAAGCACGCCGUCCUCUAGUAAUAACUAUUAUACAGCGAAUAGUGCAGUCUUAGAAACUUUCCAGGAUAUAUAUGCAUUGAUGCAGUGCACACCGGAUCUUUCAUCUGGUGAUUGUGAAUAUUGUCUGCGACAGAGUGCAAGAGACUACCAGUCAUGCUGUGGUCAGAAGCGAGGAGGCGUUGUUAUGGGGCGAAGCUGCUUUUUCCGUUGGGAUUUGUAUACAUACUCUAAGGCUUCUUUUGAAAACAUUACGGUGGUUUCUUCUCCUCCUCCUGUGAAUGUGCCACAAGCUGCAGGCGAUGGAGAUGAAAACACGACCGUCAAUGAAAAAAGUAGCAAAGGAAUUUCAGCUGGAAUUGUCGCGGCCAUUACCGUUCCGAUUCUUGUUACCAUCUUAAUAGUGCUUGUUCUAGGUCUCGUUCUAUGCCGGAGGAGAAAAUCAUACCAAAGAACUGAGAUUGAAACUGAUAGUGAUAUUUCAACUGAGGAUUCAUCUCAAUACGAUUUUAAGACAAUUGAAGCUGCAACAAAUAAGUUUUCAAGCACUAAUAAGCUCGGGGAAGGUGGAUUCGGUGAGGUUUACAAGGGUAAGUUACCAAAUGGGACUGAAGUAGCUGUGAAGCGACUGUCGAAAAAUUCAGGGCAGGGCACAAGAGAGUUCAGGAACGAGGCUGUUCUUGUGUCAAAACUUCAACAUAGGAAUCUGGUUAGGCUUCUUGGAUUCUGUAUGGAAGGAGGAGAAAAGAUUCUCAUAUAUGAAUUUGUUCCCAACAAAAGCCUUGACUACUUCUUAUUCGACUUUGAAAAGCAAAGUCAGCUAGACUGGACUCGGCGUUACAAGAUCAUUGGAGGGAUUGCUCGAGGGAUUUUAUAUCUUCAUCAGGAUUCACAGCUGAUAAUCAUUCAUCGUGACCUCAAAGCCAGCAACAUUCUCUUAGAUGUCAACAUGAUCCCAAAAAUUUCAGAUUUCGGAUUGUCAACCAUCUUUGGAAUGGAGCAAACUCAAGGCAAUACCCACAGAGUUGCUGGAACCUAUGCUUACAUGUCUCCUGAGUACGCAAUGCAUGGUCAAUACUCUAUGAAAUCUGACAUUUACAGCUUCGGAGUAUUAGUUCUUGAGAUUAUAAGCGGCAAGAAAAAUAGUGGCGUUUACAAGAUGGAUGAAACUAGUACUUGUGGAAAUUUGGUCACUUAUGCUUGGAGGCUUUGGAGGAAGGGGUCACCAUUAGAGCUGGUGAAUCCUGCAAUUGGAAGAAACUAUCAGGGUAAUGAAGUCACUAGAUGCAUCCAUAUUGCACUCUUAUGUGUUCAAGAUAAUCCAAAUGACCGUCCAAUGUUAUCAACUAUCAUCUUAAUGCUCGCUAGCAACACAGUUACUUUACCAGUGCCUCAAUUACCGGGUUUUUUCACAAGAAGCAUGCACAGACUAGAUCCUUUAUCAGAUGAAUUAGUAGUGUCGAGUCAGUCAACUAACAAAACUUUUCCUCAUUAGUUCGUAAGAGAUCAUAUAUAUUUUCUCAUAUUUGAUUUAAUUUCUCCACGCACAUAAGACACAGAUAAGUAUCUCUUUAAUUGUGUUGUAAGUUGUAAACUGCAUACUGCUAUGAUAAGUUUUAUAAUUAUAGUU